UCUCUCCCACUUCAAUCCAUCUCUUCUUCUUUUGACUUCUCACAAUUGAGUAUGUAUUGACAAACACCCCUUCCAUCAUCUUCAAUCAUACAUACAUACAUCACAAUAUCACAUACAAUACAAUACAAUAUAUAAUAUAUACAUCAUCCACCCACCCUGUUCCUAAUUUCCAUUUUCAUUAAUCCAACCUAAACACACACACACACUGAGAGAGAAUUUUGAUGGGCUAUCUUUCUUGUAAAGCUGAAUCAUCUAUACAAAUCCAAACCCCAUCAAAAAAGACUCUAAAAAGCACCAACUUUCUUACUCAAAAUGAAAUCUUGGAGACACCCAUCAACAAAAAAAUCCAAUAUUUUGAUUACAAAGAUUUAGAAAUUGCUACUAAUAAUUUUUCUGAUCAAAAACUACUUGGCCGUGGCAGCCAUGGUUUAGUCUACAAGGCCCUUCUUAGUAACGGCCGUUUAGUCGCCGUGAAAAAGCCUUCCCAUCAUCAUAACCACCGUCACUCCGCCGUGCCAGAAAGUGAGGUGGAAAAUGAGAUAGAUAUAUUGUCUAAACUGCAUAGUCCAAGGUUAGUUAAUUUAGUUGGUUUUACUAAAACCCCUUUUAAUAAUAGAUUGUUAGUUGUGGAAUUUAUGUGUAAUGGGACUUUAUAUGAUACUUUACAUGGUGGGGCGGGUCCGCCCCCAAAUUGGGGGCGGAGAAUUCGCUUGGCCGUACAGACGGCCAAGGCGAUUGAGACUUUACAUUCAGCCGUGCCCCCAGUGAUUCACCGGGAUAUUAAGUCGGCUAAUGUGCUUAUAGAUAGAAAUAUGAAUGCGCGGUUGGGGGAUUUUGGGUUGGCAUUGCGGUGUCAUGUAGACGAUUUUCGUCUACUAUCGACACCGCCGGCAGGUACGAUGGGGUACCUUGAUCCGGGAUAUGUGACCCCGGAUAAUUUGAGUACUAAAACGGAUGUUUUUAGUUUUGGGAUAUUGCUGUUGGAGAUUAUUAGUGGUAGGAAAGCUAUUGAUGUUAGUUAUUCGCCUCCUUCGAUUGUGGAUUGGGCGAUUCCAUUGAUUAGGAGAGGGAAGCUUUUGAGUGUUUUUGACCCCAGGAUUCCGCCCCCUAAGGAUCCUAUGGUUAGGAAACAAUUGGUGGUGAUUGCUGCGAAAUGUGUUAGGUCUUGUAGGGAAAGGAGGCCAUCGAUGAGUGAGAUUGUGGAGUCGCUUAGUUCAUUGACUAAGUUGGUUCCUUUACGGCCUUGGAAUGGUUUAGGGAACCCGUGUUUGAUGGUUGAGACCGUCGGUAGACCCGUUGAAAUAGUGUCUUCUAGGACAAAGAGUGGCGGCGGUGGUGAUGUGAGGCCCUUGAGUAAUCCUAGAAGGGUUUAUUCGGAUUUAAGGUCUCGAAAUAAUCUGAUGGAUCUUAUGGCGGGACGCGUUGAGAAUGAUAAGGAUGAGACUAUUAAACCAAAGGUUCAUCGGAGGUCGAGAUUAAAAGAUGAGGGUUCUAGUUUAAAUGGCAUUGUUCGUGGAAAUAACUUUGAACGAAAUCGUUCGAUUGGGGAAAGUUCAAGUACGAGUUCAAGAAGAUUUUACUUAGUCGCUCGAUCAGCCUCUUGUGUUCAAACGACUGCGUAAAAUCUUUUUGACAAAAAAGAAUAUCAUUUUGUUUGUUGAUUUUAGGUUAUUACAUUGUUUGGUUAAUUUCAAAUGUAUGUAGCUUAACAGAUUGUUUCUGUUUUUUUUUUUUUCCCUUUUCAUUUUGUAAUUGUCCAUUGUGCAAAGAAAGAGAACAUCUUGUUCGAGAAAAGGUUCAUUGUAAAAAGAUUCAAGAAAACUGAAAAGAGAUCAAUUUAGAAA